AUGCUGUAUUGGCCUGGAAUGUUUAAUAAGAACACUCAAAAGGCUAAUCUUUUAAAUGGUGAUGUAUUGGGAGAUUCAUUUGAUGUGCUUUCAGUGGUUAGUUUACAUACAUUUGGUUCUGAUAUCUUUUCAAACAAAAUACCAAAUCACCUCCAAUCUGCAUGGGAGAGUGCUUAUGUUGAGGCUUCACAUAAUACAAAGAAUGAUUUGAUUAUGAAACAUGUAUAUGGAAAUGUAAAUGAAAUUCAUGUAGAUCAGAUAGAAGCAGAUAAUCAACAAGUUGCUCCACAUCUAAACACAAGUACUAAAUCCUUCUUGGCUAAAGGCUUAAUUUCUCUUAAAAAGAGCGGUAUUGGUUUUGACGACAACAAAGAAAUGAGUUUUUUGGAGCAAACUAUGACUCAGGUACUUCAAAAAGACAAAAUAGGAAACGUGAAUUGUCCUAUAGAGUUCUCUAAUGAUCUUUUUUCAAGUUACAAUAAGGGAAAUCCAAAUCCGUUGUUAUCUCCUCUCUUUGCUUUAAGAAACUUGCAUUUUGAGCAAAAUUAUGAAAUUAACUAUCACGAAUCACUCUCAAUCAUAUUUUCGUACCUUACAAGCAUUUCUAAUGGACAGAUUUCAUCGAGAGCUGUGUAUGAUCAUCCUGACUUUAAGAAAGUGGUGUUGUUAAUGAGAGGAUCAUUAACAGAGUUGCUCUUUGAACUGUUUGAAAGAAAAUUGCUAAGUUCUGACACUGAGUUGGACGUUUUUGGGUCUCUAUCAGCCGGUACCAAAAUUUGCUUUUUGAGAUUAUUUUUGAUUCCUAAAGUUGAUAACAAACAAUAUUUUAGUUAUAGUUAUAGAUUAUAUACUAGCAUAUGGUAUGAUUUCACUACUCCAUACGGUAUUUCAAAAGUUUCUAUACGAACUGUAGAACAACUAAAUUCAAUGCAAUUUCACAAUGAUAAUGACACCGACAAUGAUACUGAUUGUGAAGACAAUUAUGGUAAUGAUGACAGUGAUAACAAUAAUAACGACAACGAUGCUUAUGACGGUGAUAACAAGAAUAAUGUUAUAAUGUUAUCAUCUGAGAUUCAUAACUUGAAUAUUGGAUCAAAUUAUAAUAUUGAACUUGUAAAACAAAAGACAAUGCUUGGUACAAUGAAAUACAAUACUAAGGAAUCUUAUUUCAAGAUCACAAACAAAAAGUUUGAAAAUAUUCAAGUUAUGAAUCUUAUUCAAGGUUUAAAAAAUACUAAUAUUUGUGAAAUUUAUUAUUAUGGUCCGGUCAAUAAUCUAUUGUAUAUAACUGUUCAAGAGAAGUUGCUUAAUUAUGAAGAGUUGACAGAUAUUUUACAAAAACUCGAAAUCUAUGAAAAUCUCAAUGUAAUAGUUAGAAACAUAAUUUUAAAGUCCGUUAUUGGAUGUCUUAGGGCUCUGGAAAGUCUACAUGAACAUGGAGUUGUUCAUUGUGAUAUAAGUGUCCAUAAUAUCAUGUUCAGAAUGAAAAAUGAAACUGAUUUUGAAGCAGUUUUGAUAGAUUUUAACAAUUCAACAUUAUUGAAUCAGUCCAGCAUUGUGAACUACAAGGAAGAUUACUCUCCUUCAGACCCAAAAUUAAGAUUCACAGUUCUUCAUGACAUUUACGCCUUGUCAAUUGUUGUUAAGAAACUUUUGAGUUUUAUUCAAAGGUGGACGAGAAAGUUUGGAGCGACAUUCACUUUGUAG